GUUCCCAGGUUUCUGCCGUCGUUGUUGGCCACGGCGUGGGAAGCAGCUCUGGGGGAGCUCUGAGCUCCCGAUUACGGCUUCUCAGGGGUAGCCACGGCUAGGUGGGUAGAAGCGGGCUGGGUCUCCUAGUGGAGACCCAAGUCGGAUAGGCAGGUGCAUCAGUGCCUGGGGACUCUGUAGCUUCCUGUCGACUGGGUCGUGUGCCUUAUCCAGCUCUAGACCCGGCUCCCAGGGAGAACUCGGUGGAACUUCAAAAUCGCUGGGCAGGUCUGCCUUUCAACCAAUGCCCCUGUCCCUGGGAGCCGAGAUGUGGGGGCCUGAAGGUUGGCUGUUGCUGCUGUUCCUGGCAUCAUUUACAGGCCAGUGCCCCGCGGGUGUGCUGGAGACCACGGAUUUGGUCACCGUUGUGCUGGGCCAGGACGCAAAGCUGCCCUGCUUCUACCGAGGGGAACCCGACGAGAAGGUGGGGCAGGUAGCAUGGGCUCGGGUGGACGCGAACGAGGGUGCCCAGGAGCUGGCGCUACUGAACUCCAAAUAUGGGCUACACACGAGCUCAGCCUACGAGGGUCGCGUGGAACAACCACCCCCGCCACGGGACCCCCUGGACGGCUCAGUGCUCCUGCGCAACGCAGUGCAAGCAGAUGAGGGCGAGUACGAGUGUCGGGUCAGCACCUUCCCUUCUGGCAGCUUCCAGGCACGGCUGCGGCUCCGAGUGCUGGUGCCUCCCCUGCCCUCACUGAUUCCUGGUCCACCGCUAGAAGAGGGCCAGGGCCUGACGUUGGCAGCCUCCUGCACAGCUGAGGGCAGCCCAGCCCCACAAGUGUCCUGGGACACAGAGGUCAAAGGCACACCAUCCAGCCGCUCCUUCACGCACUCUCGCUCUGCUGCUGUCACUUCAGAGUUCCAUCUGGUGCCUAGCCGUAGCAUGAAUGGGCAGCCACUUACCUGCGUGGUGUCUCACCCUGGCUUGCUCCAGGACCAAAGGAUCACCCACACCCUCCAAGUGGCUUUCCUUGCUGAGGCCUCUGUCAGGGGCCUUGAGGACCAAAAGCUGUGGCAUGUUGGCAGAGAAGGAGCUAUGCUCAAGUGCCUGAGUGAAGGACAGCCCCCUCCCUCAUACAACUGGACACGGCUGGAUGGGCCUCUGCCCAGUGGGGUACGAGCAGAAGGGGACACUCUUGGCUUUCCCCCACUGACCACUGAGCAUAGUGGCAUCUACGUCUGCCAUGUUAGCAAUGAGCUUUCCUCGAGGGAUUCUCAGGUCACUGUGGAUAUUCUUGCAGACCCUCAGGACCCAGGGCAACAGGUGGAUCUAGUGUCAGCAUCCGUGGUGGUGGUGGGUGUAAUCGCUGCCCUCUUGUUCUGCCUUCUGGUGGUGGUGGUGAUACUCAUGUCCCGAUACCAUCGGCGCAAGGCUCAGCAGAUGACCCAGAAAUAUGAGGAGGAACUGACCCUGACCAGGGAGAACUCCAUCCGGAGGCUGCACUCUCAUCACACAGACCCCAGGAGCCAGCCGGAGGAGAGUGUAGGGCUGAGAGCCGAGGGCCACCCCGAUAGUCUCAAGGACAACAGUAGCUGCUCUGUGAUGAGUGAAGAGCCAGAAGGCCGCAGUUACUCCACACUGACCACAGUGCGGGAGAUUGAAACUCAGACUGAAUUGCUAUCUCCAGGCUCUGGAAGGGCAGAGGAAGAGGAAGAUCGAGAUGAAGGCAUCAAACAGGCCAUGAACCAUUUUGUUCAGGAGAAUGGGACCCUGCGGGCCAAGCCCACGGGCAAUGGCAUCUACAUCAAUGGUCGGGGACACCUGGUCUGACCCAGGUCUGCCUCCCUCCCCUAGGCCUGGCUCCUUCUGCUGACAUGGGGUAUUUUAACUCAUCUCAGGGGGGCCUCCUUAAAUGCCCCUAUCUCUUGAGGAAGAUGCUCCCCACCCCACUGACUGCUCCAUGUUUUCCUCCAAUCCUCCUGUUUAUUGGGAGGGCUCCAUUGGUUGAGUCUCUCCCACCGUGUAUGCAGGUCACUGUGUGUGUGUGUGUGUGAUUUUGUGUUUGUGUGAGCAUUCACGGUGUGUGGAGGGAUGAUUGUCUAUGGUUAUAUAUUGUGCUGUCAUGUUAAAGUCCAAGUGGACAGUGAUGUGUGUGCCACAGGAUUUGGGUGGCUGUGUGGGGAGUGAUGUCAAGGUUUGGUUUAUGUGUGAUGUGACUGUGUGACCUCUGCCUGCAAAUGCAGGUUUUUUCCUCAGACCCCAGAGCAGUAUUAAUGAUGCAGAGGUUGGAGGUGAGAGGUGGAGACUAUGGGUCAGAUCCAGGUGUGCGGGCAUAGCUGGAGCUGGAAUCUGGCCUCUGAAGUGGGGGAGCUGGGUUCCCACCACUCUGGAGCCACCGGGCAAGUGUGAAGUGGCUGCCCAGGGGUCUGCCAGAGGUUUGAACUGUUACACGGAAGAAGCCCUCUGCCCUCUGGUGGCCUGUGGGCCUGCUGCAUGUACAUACUUUCUGUAAAUAAACUCACAGGGAGCUUUCAGAGCGCUACUCCAGUUCCCGUGUAAGAGAAAGAGAAAAAAAAAAAUUAAAAACCUUUUGAUUUAUCUGCAUGUUUGUUACUGGGAUUGCUUACUGGGAGGCCAGCCAAAUUAGGAAUUCAGCAAAGCUGGACCUCACUCAGACCCCACUCAGUGGGCUAAUUUCUGUGAUUGUGAAAGGUGAUUCUAGGGCAUCUUCACCUAGGCAGUCCCUGUGGAGGGAGCCUGAUGGCUGGUGACAUCUGGAAUUGGGGUGUGAGCCCGGUGGCUACUGGCUAAGGGAGAACAAGAAAGUCUUCUUGAUCCAAACAGCCCCUCACCUUUUCCCCUAGCCCCAUUCCGUUUUUUAAGUUGUAUUCACAGUUGUUUGUGGUCCCUUUUCGUAUCCCACCCUGGAGUAGUGGAGAGAGGGUAGUUCUUAUAGAUGGGGGAGGGUGAAUGUUCAGGUGAGGGGAAGGAGGCGCCAGGGGUGAGAAUGACUCCUUUUCCCAGGGGUUUCUGGGUCGUUGAUUCAGGGCUCUUUUGGCAGUUUCUCUGAGUGGGGUUUGGGGCUAGAUGUUUAUAUUUAUUUGGCCUCAAACCGAAUAGCAAGAUUUAGGGCUAUGGAUGUGGCUCAAUGGUAGAGUAGCUUGCUUAGCAUGCCUGAGACUGAGGGUUCAAUUCUUAGCACUAAAAAAAAUAAAGAGAGAGAGAGAG